AUGGGUCAACGCACCCAAUCGGUCAUAGCACUUGUUAGCCACGACGUUGGUAAUGCGAACCUGGGAGUCGGAUAUGUCUCGAACCUCAACGCCACCUAUGAAUGGCUUGGGAGGGUUGAAAGAAGUGUUGCAAUUGAUCUCAAGCCAGCUGUCAAUGGCGCAACCGGUUCCAAUCCCAAAUGGGUAUGGGACGGUGAUGUUGCCGCAUUGGCGUUGGCAGCGGGGUUUGGUGAUGUUGGCGCCUUUACUGAUCAUGUACGUGCUGCUGCUGCAGGUGGUGGAGGGGUUUGUCUGGGAUGUGACCAAAGUGAACAUGGAAGCCUCCCAAGAGACAAGGGAUCCAGCAAGCCCAAGCAGCAGCAGCACAAGACAACACCAGUAAUACGCCACAAGCCCACAGGUGGAAAUGCAGCAGAGAAAUGCAACAAAGGAAGAGGAUCCACCACCGGUGGAAAUGCAGAAGGACAAAAUAGCAGCUGA